UUUCUACUCACUAUUGUAGAUGAUUUAUACUUAUUCACACUUAUAUACACACGCAAGACAUGCCGAUGACCAGAUUCAACUUAUAGACAAUAAUUACCUCAAGAUUAUCCAUCAAUCAAAUAUGGCAUUACUAUCGUGUUGUUUAUGCAAUUCGAGGCCAAAUAAACCACCACACAAGCAAGAUGGACCCUGGUCCUUCCUCGUGGUUACGUGUGCUUUCAUCCAAUCAUGGUUGUUAGUUGGGAUAGUACGAGCCUAUGGCGUUUAUCUUCCUGUUUUGAUGAAGGAGUUCAACGAAGGACGUGAUAAAAUAGCUUUGGUGGGUUCACUUGGCAGUGGACUUGCGUUUCUUAUGACAGUAAUAGUAACCUGGCUAAACUCGUUUAUUGACAGCAGGAUACUGAAUGGAGUUGGUCAUUUGUCAUUGGUAAUAGCUUUCACUGUAUCAUCGAUUAUCCAGAGAGUAGAGUUACUGUACUUAACUUAUAGUAUKUUUUGUGCCAUUGGGAUAKCYUUGAUUUUCCCAACAAAUGUCCUUGUGAUUUUGAAAUACUUUAAAAAACAUCGUUCACUCGCCCAAGGGCUGCAUAGCUCGGGUGGUGCCCUCGGCAUUAUGACGGUGCCCAACAUUUUGCAGUAUUUGUUGGAUUCUGUGGRAUGGAGAAACGCAUUUCGUCUUCAAGGAGCUGCUGUAGUUAUCUCAAGCCUACUCUGUUUGAUGUACAGUCCCAAUGUGGAAAAUGAAARACAUGRCAAUCAAGRUGCCACUGACAGAUCCAACGAGGCCGGAGUUGUCAAUGAAGGUGCUAUAAAUGAGGAUCAUGUUGUUGAUUCCAAGAAUCCCGAACACAGUGCYGGCUUUAACAUUAGUGGCUGUGGUCACAAAAACCAAAAGAAUGAUAUCGUCAAGCAAUCUGAACACAUUGAAAAUARAACCAAGGAUAAAGAUGUCAACGAUCUUGGAGAAGAGAACAAAGAGACUCGUGAAAGCAUCGGCGAAGAUGCAAAUAAACGAGACAUUCAGGAAAAUACAGUACAACUUGAAGAUCACAAUGUGGAUAACAUUACCGCUGAAAAUCCAUCUAAAGAUCGCAAGGUUUCCAGUUUAAGAGCUAUGUUUGAUUUAUCCGUAUGGAGAGUUCCAAUAUACACCGUAUCCGUUAUCUCAAACUGUGUUGCUGCAUUCUCGUUGUUCAGUGUCACUGUUCACUUGGUCAAGUUUUCAGAAGAGGUAGGAUUAUCGGCCACAAGUGCAUCCAGCUUAUAUACCUUCUUGGGUUUGGCAUCGUUAAUAGCAAGGAUCGUCGCUGGUAAACUCUGUGACAUAWCAUGCAUUAAACCCAAUAUGGUUAAUAUGGUGUCAGAACUGAUUGGUGCUAUGGCUACAUUUCUUCUAACUCUUAGCACAACCUAUGUACAUCUAGCAAUCUUGAUAUUGCACUCUCAAGCGAUAGUCCGCUGUCUAAGAGCCAUUGGGGGACUCUGGGCUCGUGAUCGACAGUCUUGUGUCAAACAUUUCGAUGGGUCCCCUCCCACAAGAACAAAGAAGUUUAUAUUCCAAGUAGUAAAUGUGGGUUUCCUGUGGUACAACUUUCAAAAUGGCGGCCAAANGCAGUAUUUGUUGGAUUCUGUGGGAUGGAGAAACGCAUUCCGCCUUCAAGCAGCUGUUUUAGUUAUCUCAAGCCUACUCUGUUUGAUGUACAGUCCCAAUGUGGAAAAUGAAAAACAUGACAAUCAAGAUGCCACUGAAAAAUCGAAAGAGGACGGCGUUGUCAAUGAAGGUGCUAUAAAUGAGGAUCAUGAAGAAAGUGCUGGUUUUAACAUAAGCGGCUGUGCCCACAAAAACCAAAAGAAUGAUAUCGUCCAGCAAUCGGAACACAUUCAAAAUCAAAGCAAGGAUAAAGAAGUAAACSGUCUGGAAGAAAAGCACCAAGAGACCCAUGAAAGMAUCAGUGAAGAUGGAYGCCAWYCAGAAAUACRAAGAGAAAAGGGUGACAUUGAGGAMAAUGCARCACAACUUGAAGAUCACACUGUGGAAAACAUCGCCACURAAAAYCCAUGUAAAGUUCGCAAGGUUUUCAGUUUAAAAGCUAUGUUUGAUUUAUCCGUAUGGAGAGUUCCAAUGUUCACCGUGUUUGUUAUUUCAAAUUGUCUUGCCUCAUUCUCGUUGUUCAGUAUCACUGUUCACUUGGUSAAGUUUUCAGAAGAGGUAGGAUUAUCGGCCACAAGUGCAUCCAGCUUAUAUACCUUCUUUGGUUUGGCAUCGUUAAUGGCAAGGAUCGUCGCUGGUAAACUCUGCGACAUAUCWUGCAUUAAACCCAAUAUGGUUAAUAUGGURUCAGAACUGAUUGSUGCUAUGGCUACAUUUCUUCUAACUCUUAGCACAAGCUAUGUUCAUCUAGCAAUCUUGAUAUUCAUGUAUGGAUUUGCUGAUGGYAUGUUUCGAACAACCACUAUUGUGCUUUUAACAACUACUGUGGAAAGAUCAAAGUCUAGCUCAGCGCUUGGCCAAGGAAAUUCUAUUGUCGCUCCUUUUUUUACUGCUGGUCCAGCUAUCACAGGGYUACUUGCAGAUGAUUUCGGAGAAUACACCAAGGCCUUCUAUGUCAAUGGAUGUGUUCUUAUUGCAUCAGCCGCUGUACACCUAAUACCGAUAUUGUUUAGGUGCCGUCAAACUUCAAAUAGCUUUACUUUGGCUCACGUUGAGAUGAGUCCUGUUCAAGACAACUGUAAUGCAAAUGAUAACCAAGUUGCUAUGCAAACAUCAAAGACAAAUCCUAGUUUUACCGCGGAUUGUUGAAAUCUUAAUGAAUUAGUGACUUGCUUAUUUAUUGUCAUAGAUAGAUACGAUACAGAUAGGGAUGUGAACACUGGCAGAUAGAUCGACAGUGUUUUAGAAAGUAUUAAUAAUAAUUUUCAUCUCAUAUCAAAUGGAAAUCAUCAAAUGAUCAGUUACAUGUAUGAAACAAAAAGAAGAAGAGUCAUUUUGAUAAAGAUUACCCUUUACUUGUACUGACAAUAAAAUGAAAAUCCACUCCCGA